AUGACGAGUGGAAGUGUUGCGGCCGCACCAAAGGGCGACCUCCCGCUCACGGUAGAGGAGCUGGUGACCAGCUACCAGCGCAUUCAGUGCCGCAACGAGGAGCUCUGCGCCUUCAUCGAGGCGCUUCGUGUGGAGUGCAACAGCCUUGCCGACACCUCUCCGAAUGCGGCACAUGCCCUCCGCGACCUCCUGCCGAUUGUUGCGGAUGCAAAGCCGUGUGCUGACACCGCCGCUGCUGCUGCUGCUCGGCCCAAGGCAACUAAAGCGCGCGGCAGUAGCGGCGGUGUCCUCGAGGGUGUGGUAGUGAAGAGCGCCAAGGCCCGUGCGUCACCACAGCCGCCUGCGGAGGACACAACGAAGUCACUCUUCCUGCGCUUCGUGGAGGAGGCAAAGCGUGACUACAAGGAGGAGUGCAACGUGCUGCGGCUGAAACUGCUGGCGAUGAGGAACGCGCAGCAGCUCCUUGCGCAAGCACGUCAGAAGGUACGGGCACAGGAGGAGCGCUGCACCGCUUAUGCCGCAUCGUUGAAUGAGUGUCGCUACGAACUCACCAAAUCACGCUCGCAGUGCAGCUUCUUACUGAGUGUAUUUGGCAACAACACCAAAAAUUCUCCUGCGACGGAGGGCGAAGGGUUUGCGCAGUGCUCGGACUGCGCAGAGCCGGAUCAUAGCUCGGCUGCUGUUGCUCCAACAGGUAGCGUGGAGGCUGAGGCCGGCACAAGUCUGAAGUCGCUCACUGCCCGCGUGGUGCGAACGGAGGCCGAGCUGCAGGAGUCACACGAAGCGGUGCGGGGGCUUGAGGCCACCGUUGAAACCCUGACAUACGACAAUGCACAACUCAAGAAAAGGGCCGAUGUGCUGGCGAAGGAGCGAGAUGAGCUGAAGCUGCAAACCAUGCAGCUAGAAGGCCAGCUUCAGCGUGUGCUGUCCUUAAUGCACGAGAAUCGCGAGGCACACAUCACGGAAAGCCAGGCCGCACUAGGGGGCGUGGUGUCUCAGCGACAAGUGGAGAUGGAGCAGCGCCUGCAACAGCUGCAAAGCGAGAACCGUUCUCUUCAGAGCACGCUCCUGCAGUUUCAGCGGCAGAUCAACGACUCGGAGUUGCGGGCGGAGGAUGUGUGCACUGCCAGCGACGAGGAGAUGCGGGCGCUGAAGGGGGAGGUGGCACACCUGCGUGCCAAUCUCCACGAGGAGCGGCUUGCGCUUCAGCAGACGCGGGACGAGUGGCGGCGCGCAGCGGCGAAUUGGGAGCAGCUAGACAAGGUGCACCAGACCGUGAUCCAGCACAUGUCUGUGCAGCUCUUGCGAGCAACUUUUGCAAGGAUUGUCGCGUCGUGCCGAAGAGACAAGUUAGAAGCAAAAACAGUUACACCAGCAGUGUUACCAUGUGAAGGAGCGGCGGCACCAGCAAUAGACGAAACGUCAUUGACGGUGAGCACGAAUGCGCCGAUAGGAAUGGAGGAAGUGGUGGCGCAGGAGACCACAGGAGUGGAGAUGAGGGAAGUUACUCCAGCGGCUACGAAUGAUGCCGUUGGCACCGAUUGUGUGAAUGAAAUCCGUGCGCGGCUUGAGGCACUUGAAUCGACGCACCGGAAGUCGUUGAGGCACUGGCAGCAAGUGAACCAGGAAUUGCGCGCUGCCCUCUCUGCUUCGGAGGAGGAACUCAAGCGAAAAGAGGAGCUCAUCAAGCAGUUACAGCGGGCGCAAGACUCCUCCCACACCACUACCGUCGCUGCCCGUCAGUUGGGGGGCAGAAGUGAUAAGUGUGAAGUUGGCAGUGAUGUAGCAACGCCACCGACCCAGCAGGAUGACGUGGAGCAGAUAAAAAUGUGGAAUACAGGAAAUGCUGAAAAUGAGACCCUUAUGCGGAGGGUGAACGAGCUGCAAAAGAGCAAAAGUUCCCUCGACGCCCUCGUGGAGGACUAUAAGAAGCGCUGCGCCGCGUUGGAGCAAGGGAUUGCUCACCACGCCGACACACUGCAGCACACGCUUGUGCAGGCCGCCGUCUCGACGGCUGGCGGGCACGUUCGAAAUGGCAGUGGCGUUGGUGACGGUAGUUCCAUGGAAGCAGGUCAGCUUCGCAGUUUCCAGCGCAUGCUACACUCUGCGCUCCAGGAGAAUAUUGUGCUGUCGGCCAGGCUGAAGGAGCUCGAGACUCGGUAG